AUGAACCAUAUGGAAAAGCUCAAUCAUACUGCAGUGACUAAGGUUACAGAAUUUAUUAUCAUGGGGCUCACUGAAAACACUAGCCUCCAGGGGCCACUUUUUGCCAUCUUUCUCAUCAUAUACUUGGUCACAAUAAUGGGAAACCUGAACAUGAUCAUCUUGACCCAUUUGGACUCUAAACUACACAACCCCAUGUAUUUUUUCCUUAAACAUUUAUCAAUAACUGAUCUUGGUUACUCCACUGUCAUUGGCCCAAAGAUGAUGGUAAAUUUUGUAGUACACAAAAAUACCAUUUCCUAUAGUGCUUGUGCCAUCCAGAUGGCAUUCUUUGAGAUUUUCAUCAUUACUGAAUUGUUCAUACUCUCAGCAAUGGCCUAUGAUCGCUAUGUAGCCAUCUGUAAACCUCUCACGUACAUGGUCAUCAUGGCAGACCGGGUGUGUUGGGGUUUGGUUAUUGUUCCCUACCUCUAUAGCAUCUUUGUGUCACUGUUGCUCACAGUGAAGUUGUUUACAUUGCCCUUCUGUGGCUCUAACAUCAUCAGGUAUUUUUACUGUGACUGUCUCCCUCUGAUGACCAUGCUCUGCUCUGAUACGCAGGAAUUAGAGCUGAUAAUCUUGAUCUUCUCUGGCUGUAACUUGCUGUCCUCAUUCCUGAUCAUUCUCAUAUCUUACAUGUUUAUUCUUGUGGCCAUUGUUAGAAUGAGCUCAACUGAGGGGAGAUACAAAGCCUUCUCCACCUGCAGCUCCCAUCUGACCGUGGUGGCAGUGUUCUAUGGCACAUUGCUGUUUAUUUACCUGAAGCCCAAAUCCGGCCAUGCUUUUGAUGUUGAUAAAAUGGCCUCUGUGUUUUAUACGUUGGUGAUCCCAAUGCUGAACCCAUUGAUCUACAGCCUGCGCAACCGAGAAGUAAAAGAUGCCCUCAAGAGAACCUUAGCUCAUCGAUUCAGAUUCCCACCCAACAUUCAGUGUCAGUCUUUGUUUAAUGUUCCAUCAUCGUACUUUAGUAUUAAAAAGUAG